AAGAUCCAGGAGACAGAAAGAGCAGGAGUGUGUGGGUGUGGGUGGGUGUCCAGAAGAGAACCCCAGCACCCAUCCUGUAGGUGGGAGUAUCCAGAGGUGGGGGCAGGGGGAAAGCCCGGAUGUCCUGGUCACGGAGCUGAGAGGCUGAGGGGAGCCGAGCCCCAGCCAUGGAGAAAUCACGCCAGCAGUGGAGCAACCCAGUACAGUUCCUGCUCGCUUGCGUCUCCUAUGCCGUGAGCCUGGGCAACGUGUGGCGCUUCCCCUACCUGUGCCAGAUGUACGGCGGAGGCAGCUUCCUGGUCCCCUACGUCAUCAUGCUGUUCGUGGAGGGAAUGCCGCUCAUGUACCUGGAGCUGGCCGUGGGGCAGCGCAUGCGGCAGGGCAGCCUCGGCACCUGGAGGACCGUCAGCCCCUACCUCGGCGGAGUCGGCGUCGCUAGCAUGGUGGUCACCUUCUUCAUCUCCAUGUACUACAAUGUCAUCAACGCCUGGGGCUUCUGGUACCUCUUCCACUCCUUCCAGGACCCCCUACCGUGGUCUGUCUGCCCACUGAAUGGAAACCACACGGGCUACGAGGAGGAGUGCGAGAAGGCUUCGUCCACGCAGUACUUCUGGUACAGGAAAACUCUCAACAUCUCGCCGUCCAUCCAGGAGAGUGGGGCCAUGCAGUGGGAGCCGGCACUGUGCCUCAUCCUGGCCUGGCUGACGGUGUAUCUGUGCGUCCUGCGGGGGACCGAGUCUACUGGCAAGGUCUUCUAUGUCACUGCAUCGCUGCCCUCCUGCGUGCUCCUCAUCUACCUGGUCAAGGGCCUCAUGCUCCACGGAGCCAUCAACGGCCUGCUGUACAUGUUCACGCCCAAGAUAGAGCAGCUGGCCAACCCCAAGGCCUGGAUCAACGCGGCCACGCAGGUCAUCUUCUCUCUGGGCCUGGGCUUUGGUGGCCUCAUCGCCUUCGCCAGCUACAACGAUCCCUCCAACAACUGCCAGAAGCACGCCAUCAUCGUGUCCCUCAUCAACGGCUUCACCUCCAUCUUCGCCAGCAUCGUGACCUUCGCCAUCUACGGCUUCAAGGCCACCUUCAACUACGAGAACUGCUUAAACAGGGUGAUCCUGCUGCUGACCAAUUCUUUUGACCUUGAAGAUGGCUCUGUGACAGCCAGCAACCUGGAGCAGGUGAAGGACUACCUGGCCUCCGCUCACCCGAGCACGUACAAGGAGGUGCUCCCACACCUUAAGAACUGCAGCCUGGAGUCGGAGCUGGACACGGCCGUCCAGGGCACGGGCCUGGCCUUCAUCGUCUAUACGGAGGCCAUUAAGAACAUGGAGGUGUCCCAGCUGUGGUCGGUGCUGUUCUUCUUCAUGCUGUUGCUGCUGGGCAUGGGAAGCAUGCUGGGGAACACAACAGCCAUCGUCACUCCUCUGACCGACAGCAAGGUCAUUUCUAGAUACCUGCCCAAGGAGGUCAUCUCAGGUCUCGUGUGCCUCAGCAACUGUGCCAUCGGCCUGCUGUUCACCAUGGAGGCCGGGAGCUACUGGUUUGACAUCUUCAAUGACUACGCAGCCACGCUGUCGGUGCUGCUCAUUGUCCUGGUGGAGACCAUUGCCGUGUGUUACGUGUAUGGGCUGAGGAGAUUUGAUCGUGACCUUCAAGCCAUGACGGGCAUCGCGCUCAACUGGUACUGGAAGGCCAUGUGGGCCUGCGUGACCCCACUGCUCAUCAUCGGCCUCUUUAUCUUUUACCUGAGUGACUACAUCCUCACAGGAACCCUGCAGUACCAAGCUUGGGACGCCACCCAGGGGCGGCUGGUGACGAAGGAUUACCCCCCGCAGGCGCUGGCCGUCAUCGGGCUGCUCGUGGCCUCCUCCACCAUGUGUAUGCCCCUGGUGGCCCUGGGGACUUUCCUCAGGCACCGAUUCAGGAGGGGAGGCUCAGCCCCCGUGGCCUGAGAUCUGGACCCCCUCCCCUCCACCCCCCCAGACCAGUCAACAGCCACUCACCUUAUCACAGCUAUGGCCUGUAAGUGGAUGCUCCUUGGCUGUUUCCCUGAGCCAGAAGUACUUCAGAAGGGACUCAGAAGCCUGCCAGCUUCCUGUGUCUAUAAAGAAAAAUUAGUUAACCUA